AUGGAGUCUCUGAAGCAAACCAACGAGGGUGCUAUCCCCAAGAUACGCCAGAAGUUCAAUUGGCGCCGACGUUGGUGCAUCACACUUUUGAUUGCCGUGGUGGUCGUGGUAAUUAUAGUGAUAGUUGUUCCCCUCGCAGUGAUUAUUCCCAGGAAUAAUCGCAAUAGGGGCAAGGCUUCAACUGUGCUUUUUCCAGCAUACAUCUAUCCUGAAACCAACAGCACUUGGGACCCAUUGUAUCAGGCACUUGAAACAUACCCUGAUCUCAAGUGGGUGGUUGUUGUGAACCCCUCGAGUGGGCCCGGGUCCUCAGCUUCUCCCAGCACGCAAUAUGCGACAGCAGUGAAUCGACUGAGCACUUACUCUAACGUGCAGAAAAUUGGGUAUGUGCGCACUAAUUAUGCGAAGAGAAACAUUACAUCUGUGCUGGCAGAUGUGGAGACCUACUCCAACUGGUCAACUCAAUCGACUAGUCUGGCCAUGGAUGGGAUCUUCUUUGACGAGGCACCUUACGAGUAUACUACCGCAAGCGAUGAGUAUCUGCGCCAAAUCAAUAAAGCAGUGAAAUCCGCCACUGGGCUUCAAUCAAAUCGCCUGAUCAUCCACAACCCCGGUACUAUUCCUGAUUCUCGAUUUGACGAUAACUCGACGGACAUUACUGUCACUUUUGAGCAGUCAUAUUCCCUUUUUGAAACAAAAGAAAAGAUUUUAGAGGGUACCUUGCAGUCAUCUGAACGCGAUCGUUAUGCAUACAUCCUGCAUUCGAUGCCGGAGAUGACCAACAGCAGCCUCAAAGGCUUCGUCAAUUCCCUCAGCAGACAAGCCGCUUACCUUUUUCUUACGGCGAGGAAUACGAGCUAUUACGAGGAAUUUGAUACCGGACUGAAUCAAUUCUGCAGUGUUGUUCCCACAUAG